GUCAAAGUUGUCAUUGAUUCUCGAGUCGCCAAAAUGUCGUCAGUUGGACUUAACCUCAAACCGACAUAUGUGAACGCAAAAAUGAAGCAGUAAAUACACAGGAAAGCCCAUUUCAACAUCUAGAAACACAAUACUAUCAUUCAAUUAUUGUUUUAUUGUUGAAAAUAACUGAGGUGUUUGUAACCCAUAGUGACAUUUCAAGGUUAAGUUUUCUCGAUUCGAGUUUUUUUCACAAGACUGAUUAAAAUGUCUCACGCCCUGUGCAAAUCGACCGUACUGAAAAUCUAUCAGGACGUCAUCGAUGAUGUGAUCUCUGGCGUCCGGGAACUGUUCCUAGAGGACGGUGUCGACGAAACCGUUCUCCAGGAACUGAAACAAUUGUGGGACACCAAACUGAUGGCCAGUAAAGCCGUAACUACGGAAGAGGAAAAGAAGAAAGUAGAGCCGACAAACGGUUUCCCCAAGCAGGUGCAGAAUCCCAUGCCACAGCAAUUGGUUCAGCAACCAAUUCAGGUGUUUGAGAACAAAAUGGUACCCAUUCAGAUUACCCUGCCCCCACAACCGGGAACCGAGGGAAAUCAGUCUCGCGUUCUCACUAUUCAGGUUCCGCAGUCGGCUUUGCAAGGUAAUCAGUUGCAAAAGGUCUUAACCGGACCGGUUAUUACUGCAACGAUGGGGCUGCCGGUGAAUAUUGCGUCGUCGGUGUUGCAACAACACGUCAACGCAGCGUUCGCGAGCCAGCAGCAGGCUGUAACGAUUGUCAAUAAGGGUUUGAUACAAACCGAUGGGGCAGCUCAAGAUGCUGAAUCAGAUGAGGAACUCGAGAUUGAAUUUGUGCUGCCUGGACCGCUCAAGAAAGUCGGUAAAAGAGGUAAAAAAGCAAAAUUGCAAAAGUUACGCAAGCAGUCAGUGGCUGAGGCUGCUAUUGCUUCAACCUCUGAGGCGACUGCUAUCCCUUCGACAUCAUCUUCGUCGCUCGUCCAGGCGGACGGACCACUAGACACCUCGGAUGAAGACGAGGACGCUUCGGACAACGACGAUGAUGACGACGACGAUUUGGAUGAAGACAAAGACGAAGACGAUCACGAAAUGGAAGAUGAGGGCGGGGAAGAGGAGCCCUUGAAUUCAGAAGACGAUGUGACGGACGACGAUCCGAGCGAUCUGUUCGACACCGAUAACAUAGUCGUGUGCCAAUACGAUAAGAUUAUGCGUAACAGAAAUAAGUGGAAGUUCCAUCUGAAAGAUGGGAUCAUGAAUCUGAAUGGACAGGACUAUGUCUUCCAGAAGGCGAACGGAGAUGCUGAAUGGUAAAUGGUUUUUGCUCCCCCGUUUUAUCCUUUUGUCCCGCGUAUAAUUAUAUAACUACAUAUUGUAUAUUUUUUAGUGAUGUUUCCAUUUCAUGUAUUUGUUAUAUGCAUUUUCCUUUAAUCGUGUCGGGCUUUAGUUAGGACUGAAAUUGUUAGAUUUUGAUGGACUCGUCUUUAUUUUUGAAAUAGGGAUCUUAUUUAUUUAAUUCCACACCUGCAAUGUUAUUAACAUUUAGCCUGACAUGAUCAUUUAAGUCCAUUCAAAUGCAAUUUAGUUAGGUUUACUUCCAGAGGAAAUUUUUACAUGUAUUAUUUCUAGUUGUUUUGUGAAUAAAACUAUUUUUCAAUAAUGA